UUGUAAAUUUACUAGAGUUUAUCGCAAGUAUUAUGUUUGCCUAAACUUUUAUGCGGCGCACUCGGUGUCGCCAUCUGUUGGCGACCAUUCUAAGUUUCCGCAAAACUGCAACGGCUAAACUUUCAUUUAGCAGAGCUUUCACCGCUGUUAAAAUGUGCCCACUCCACAGACGCGUUAGCAGCGCUGUUAAGGACAUGGCAACUUGUUGUCUUGCGGCUGUUAAGAACUCGCACCGCCCAUUGUAACUCAUUCGUCAACAGACUCUCGUGCGGUUCGGUUCUCAGCCUCAGCCUCUGAAUUCUGUUUACUCACAUCACAGUCGCAAGUCACUGCUCAGUCGCGGCUCACUGGUCACAGUUUACAGUUACGCAGUUACUGCUUUUGUCCGGUUUUCGAAAGAUAUUCGAAAGUGUCGAACAUAGGAUUUCUUUUUUUUUUGGUUUUUGUGCUAAACUAAGAAAUUGAGUAUAUAACCAUAUAAAUAAAGUGCUUGGGCAGUUGAGCCAAAGGCGUUCUGAAUACCAUUUUUUCAAUUCGAAUACAAGCGACCGAGCCGUAGUGAAAAGUGUGUGUGGCAAAUAUUUAAAUCCCAUUUGCGUUCCAAUUCGGAGGAGGAUUUAGCGGAGAAAGCUUGAGACACAGAGAACACAUCGCAGUCAAAGAGCAAACAAGGAAUCCAGGCAGCCAGCAUGCGUCGCUCCUCGUUCACGCCCGUCUUCAACUUGAGCACCCAGGAGCCGCUGAUCGUGGUGGAGGAGUCGCACACCGCCGAGGAUGGCGACGACAUGGAAGGUGCGGCCGGCGGAUGUGAUCCCACUGCGGCCGGCACACGGCGCUCCAACAGCGAUGAUUCCGAGCCGGACUCGCCGGUGAAUCCCUACCUGCUCUGCCCCUUUCCCGACAUGCAGCAGCGGCGCAAGCACUCGCUGCCCUCGCUCCAGAUAACCGAGGGCAUCACGGCCAGCCAGGUGCGGCGAUUGUCGGAGGUGGGCGGCGAGACUGGCGGGCUCAGUCCCAAGGAGGUCGAGUUCCUGGCCACGCUCUCCCAGAAGGCCAAUCCCACGGCCGGCGGACGCAGGCACUCGGUGGUUACCAUAUCGGCGGUGCCGCCAACGCUAUUCGGACGCAAUCGCCGCGAGUCCAUUUCCGGCGUAUCCUUCAGUGGCAGUCGCCGUGGCAGCGUCAUCGCCGGACCGCCGCUGACCGAUCACCGCGGCAGCGUGCACAACUUGCAGCUGGACAUCAUGGACGGGAUCGUCCAGCAGCGGAAGACGCGAAGCGGCAGCGGCGUUUGGACAGCGCCCGUUCUGCAGGAGGCCGAUAGCAAUGUGCCCGUGCAGACAUAAGCGGCUAAAGGACACGCAGGCCAACUGGGGGGAAAGGACGAAAAGUGCAUGCAUGGCGGACUGGGCGA